CAAGAAUUGACUUACCUUGAUAGCAGAACUCUACAGUGUGUAAGAAUUAAAAAUUAUUUGUUGAAAGAUGAAUUACUUGCGCUUAACUACCGUGAACUGCGUCAUCAUAGUAUUAUUAUUUGUGUUGGUACUCACCCCCAGCUAUGCUCAAUUGUUUUAUGAUUUCGAGGGUUUCGAUUAUGCCAAUAAUGUUUUGGACCGACAUUUACCUGAUGGUUACUACUACGUAAAUGAUGGCCGUAUCGUCCCCGUAAGCAGCGACAUACGACGCAAGGAUUUUCUAUUGAGUGGCAGUGAUCACGUCUAUUACUCACCGGUCGUGCGCGUCAAACAUCAAAAGGCAAAGAAGAAGUUAUUUGUGCCAAACUUAUUUGGUUAAGCGUAGGAAGUAGAAGUACGAAACGU